AAAUGACCAAUCAAAGUGUGGCGGGAAGGACAUGUGCACAUGUCUAUAUAUGAUUUCAACACCUAACAUCAAUAGAUACGAAGUUUCUUUUUGACUUGCCUGUUGCUUCUCCAAGAUUAGCUCAAGUAUAAAAAAUGGUGAAACGCAAAGGUUCUUCUUCUGAUGAUGUGGCAAAAAAUGUAACAAAAAAAGUUAAAAAAGUGUCAGAUGUAAAUGAACAGAAAGAAAGCAAAUUAAACUACACAAGCUGUGAAAGUGUGAUGUCAUCAUUACUCCAACCUAUUUCUGUUAAAACCUUUUUUGAAGAGUUUUGGGAGAAAAAACCUUUGUAUAUCAAAAGAGAAAAUUCAGGUUAUUAUGGAGAUUUAUUUUCUUUGUCAUCUAUGAAGGAAAUACUUGCUGCCCAUGAGUUGGAGUUUGAAACAGAUGUAAAUGUUUGUCGAUAUGUAGAUAAUGAAAAAGAACUUUUAAAUGAAGAUGGAUGUUUGACUGUUGAUAAAUUUGACAAACUUAUGAAUGACAAACAUGCAACAUUUCAAUUACAUCAACCUCAACGCUAUGGGACUGUCUUGUGGCAAUUAAUGGAAAAAAUGGAGACAUAUUUUGGUUGUCUUGUUGGAUCAAAUGUGUAUAUUACACCUAAAGAAUCUCAAGGUCUUGCACCUCAUUGUGAUGAUGUUGAGGUUUUUAUAUUACAGUUAGAAGGUACUAAACAUUGGAAACUUUAUAAACCAAUGGUUGAGCUAUCUCGUGAUUAUACUCAAGAUCUUUCUCAAGAUAGCAUUGGGAAACCAAUAAUGGAGCUCACUCUUGAGCCAGGUGAUUUACUCUAUUUUCCUCGUGGAACAAUACAUCAAGCAAGAUCAGUGGGAGAAAGUUAUUCUACGCAUAUUACUUUGUCAACAUAUCAGAACAAUACACUAGGAGAUUUCAUGAGUAUUGCUGUUUCUCAAGCAAUAGAAAGUGCUUUGGAGAAUGAUGUUAGUUUCAGGCGUGGAUUGCCAAUUAACUAUCUCUCAUAUUUAGGAACAGCAAAGAACUUUAGCAAAUAUUUUGAUGAAGAUGGUAAAGAAUCUAAGUUGUCAAGUAAUGAAAAUAAUGAAAAGGUUAAAAAGUUUAAAGAUAGCGUUAAAAAACAUUUGUCAAAACUCAUUGACCAUAUUGAUGUCAACACUGCAGCUGAUAUGAUGUCAUAUGAUUUUAUGGCAAGUCGCCUACCUCCAUUUGGACAUGUAGUAAAAGAAGAACAGUUAAAUGAGUUUAAAUCUCCAACAUUGGAUAGUAAAAUCAAGCUGCGUUAUCCUGAGCAUGUUCGCCCUGUAUAUUAUGAUCAAGAAGAAACUGAUGAAGCUGAUAAUACCGUUGGAGAUGAUGAUUCAGAAGAUGAGGAAGAAGAAACUGUAAAAAAAGAUGAGGAUGAAAAAAAUGAGGAAAAGGAUGAAAAAUCACCUAAAAGUAAUAAAAAAUCUUCAGAUAAAAAAGAUACCUCAAUGGAAGGAAAUGAAGAUGAGGAAGAUGAAGAUGAUGACGAUGCUUCUGUACAUGAUGAUGAACCUUGCAUUAAAAUAGUGCAUUCUUUAAAUAAUAAUAGAGAAACUCAUAUGAGUGGUCAUGAUCUUUCAAGAGAUGUGUUUUCAUUAAAGCUACCCAUUCAUUUUGCACAAGCUAUAACAUCAGUCAUGAACAGUAAUGACUUUAUUUGCGUUAGAGAUCUUCCUCUUGAUGACGAUGAAGAUAAGUUACAACUUGCGACUUCAUUAUAUAGUGAUGAUUUGAUUGAAAUCAAAUAAUUAAACCACUUAUUUUGUAAUAAAACUUUCUUAUACUUUUGUCUCUUGUAAAAAUUGAAACUAUGAAAAAGCCACAAAUUGUAUAUUUUUUAAUCAUGAAGAAAAGAAUUCUGUUUUAUUUAUUAUAAAA